CCACAUGUCAUUAUCAACCAACCAUUGUUGGCACUUUAACCCUAACCAAACUUUUUUCCCUCUCUUCACUCUCCUUCACCAAUAAAUUUUCAAUUCACCUAAACCCCGUCUUUUUCUUCUUCAAUUCCAUUCCUCCAAAAUUUCAAAUUUCAACUAAAAAACCCUAUUUUUCUUCUUCUUCUUCAAUUUCAAUGGCAAAAGGCUCAAUUUCAUCUCUUUUCUACUUGUUUACACGUAAAAGAACAACUUUUUCAAACCUCAAAUCUCUUCUUUUCAAUCACUCGUUAACUUCUUCUUCACAUUCUCAAUUUCACCACCCAUUUCGUCCCUUUUCGACCCAUUUGUUGAACCCUCGUUGUAUCACUAGUUUCUCACAAAGUUUAACCCUUUACGGUGAUAGAACCCUCCCCACAAGACCCUUUUCCACCGCCGGCGAGGAUGGUGGUGCUGCGACUGACGAGGAUUCGCAAUUCGAAAAGGGUAUUGGUAAUUUUGAGGUUGGAACUAAGGUUAGUGAUGAUGUUUGUGAUUUAUCAGAAAAUGGGGUUGUUUUAGAUUAUGGUAAUGAUGAAUGUUAUUCAAAUAUUGUUGAUUCUGUAGAAUGUAGUAAUAGUAGUAUUAGUUGUACUAGUAAUGAUAAUAGGGAUGAUGAUGAAUUAGAGGAUUUUACUCAUGUGGCGUCGAAAGAUCCUGUUGAAUUAUAUGGUGAGCUUAAGAGUGUUGAAAAGGGUGUUAAGUUGGCUAGAGCUGAGGUGGAUGUUUUAACAGAUGUGUUCGAUUAUUUUGCGAAAUCGGGCUGGGCGUCAAACCAAGCACUUGCUAUUUACAUUGGUUUAUCGUUUUUUCCGACUGCUGCACACAAGUUUCGGAACUUUUUCAGGAAGAGAUGUUCUGCUGAUGUUGCCAAGUACUUGAUUUCACUCGGACCGUGUGAUGUUGCUGUGAGGUUUUUGUUUCCGGUAUUUGUUGAGUUUUGUUUGGUUAAUUUUCCUGAUGAAAUUAAGAGGUUUAGGGAUAUGGUUAAGUCAGCUGACCUCACGAAACCUCACACUUGGUUUCCUUUUGCGAGGGCGAUGAAACGGAAAAUAAUUUAUCAUUGUGGUCCUACUAAUAGUGGUAAAACUUAUAAUGCUUUGCAAAGGUUUAUGGAGGCAAAGAAGGGGAUUUAUUGUAGUCCACUUAGAUUGUUGGCUAUGGAGGUUUUCGAUAAGGUUAAUGCGAAGGGUGUUUAUUGUAGUUUGUUAACUGGUCAAGAGAAGAAGCAUGUACCAUUUGCAAAUCAUGUUGCGUGUACUGUGGAAAUGGCUUCGACGCAGGAAUUGUAUGAAGUUGCUAUUGUUGAUGAGAUUCAGAUGAUGGCGGAUCCUUAUAGAGGGUAUGCAUGGACUAGGGCGCUGCUUGGUUUGAAGGCUGACGAGAUACAUUUAUGCGGUGAUCCUAGUGUUUUGGAUAUUGUUCGAAAGAUAUGUCAGGAUACAGGAGAUGAGUUGUGUGAGCAACAUUAUGAGAGGUUCAAACCUUUGGUGGUUGAGGCAAAGACUCUGCUCGGAAAUCUUGAAAAUAUUCGGUCUGGUGAUUGUGUUGUUGCAUUCUCAAGGAGAGAGAUAUUUGAGGUUAAAUUAGCCAUUGAGAAAACCACUAAUCACCGAUGUUGUGUUAUCUACGGAGCUUUGCCACCAGAAACUCGUAGACAGCAAGCUAAUUUGUUCAACGAUCAGAGUAAUGAAUACGACGUUCUAGUGGCUAGUGAUGCAGUGGGGAUGAGCCUGAACCUUAACAUUCGAAGGGUGAUUUUUAAUAACCUUUCAAAGUACAACGGUGACAAAAUUCUUCCCGUUCCAGCUUCACAGGUUAAGCAGAUUGCAGGGAGAGCUGGUCGAAGAGGAUGCCUUUAUCUCGAUGGACUUGCAACUACCUUACAUUUAGAUUAUUUGGAUUACUUGAUUGAGUGUUUGAAACAACCCUUUGAUCACGUGACAAGGGCUGGCCUUUUUCCUUUUUAUGAGCAGGUAGAAUUGUUUGCCGGACAGUUUUCUAACUUGACAUUCAGCCAGCUUUUAGAAAAAUUUGGCGAAAAUUGUCGUUUGGACGGGUCGUACUUCUUGUGUCGACAUGAUCACAUAAAGAAAAUCGCUAAUAUGUUAGAGAGGAUCCAAGGAUUAUCAUUAGAUGAUCGUUUUAACUUCUGUUUUGCACCUGUUAAUGUUAGGGAUCCAAAAGCUAUGUACCACUUGCUCAAAUUCGCUGCAGCGUUUGGUCAGAAGGUACCUGUAAGUAUAGCUAUGGGGAUGCCAAAAUGUUCGGCGCGGAACGAUUCAGAACUCCUAGACCUUGAGAGUAGGCAUCAAGUUUUAUCUUCAUAUUUGUGGUUAUCAAACCACUUUGAUGAGGAAAAAUUUCCAUUUGUUAAGAAAGCUGAGGCAAUGGCUUCAAACAUUGCUCACUUACUAAGUCAAUCUCUUAUCAAAGCGAAUUGGAAACCUGAAUCAAGGAAUAGAGGGAAACCGAAAGCAGUAAAUAGUGAAGAAGAGCAAACAGAACCAAGAAGUGAAUUCAUAUUAAAAACUGAAAAAAAGGAUGACGGUUAUUCAAGACCACAGUCUCCUGUUAAAUUAUCACCAGAAACGGCAUGAAAAUUCGUUACACUCUGAUCGUUUGAAGAAAAUAAUUGCAUAAUAUGUUAAUGACUUUGGAGGUCAUAAUCAACUACCACUGCAAUAUAACACUAUAUACCAGCUAUUCUCACAAACUCAUUGUACUUUUGUAGCCAAAAUUGUGGAUUAGAGACCAAGUUCGAAAAAAGGAGAAAAAAAUAGCACUUUAGAAAGGAAUGAAGGAUAUUGACAUUCAUAGUGGGGAGAAGAAACAUACUACAGCUCCAGGUGGUAAAAAGCCGGCAUUGAUACAAAAUUUGGGAAUGCCUUUGAGCGACUUGUUGGAAAUGGGAUAAAACCCAAAGUUAGGUUCGUUGUUGGAAGAAAAAUCAGCUCUGCUGGUUACGACUACAUGUUUGAGCUGAUUGAAAACAACAAUCUGGACAAGGAUCGUAGAGACCGGAUUGCUAAUCCACGUCCUGAAAAAAAUGGCUUCUCCUUUCUACAUUUCUCAUGUUAUUCAAAAUUUCUUAAUGUCUUUGAGCGGCUGGUUGGAAGUGAGAUAAAACCGAAAGUGAAGUUCAUUGUUGGAAGAGAAAUCACCCCUACUUGUUACGAAUACAUGUCUGAGUUGAUCGAAAACAACAACCUCGACAAGGAACGCAGUGACCAGAUCGCUAACUCCCGUCGUGAGCAUCGCCGACGUGAACCUCCCCACCCACUUCCGAUCAUAACGAUGAACAGCAGGGAGGAGCUGUCGGAUGCCAUUUUAAGAAAUGGGGCUUACUUUAAGGCAAAAGUUCCUCGUGGUGUUGCCGGUCGCCGACAACUCAUUCUCGCCAUCAUGAAGCGUCGCAUUGCGCUUGUCCCGAUUCGUUGAAGCAUAGUGAAAAUGAUGAAGUAUCUGUUUCUUUUUUAUUGUUUGAGUUUUAUGAGUUAGUGUAGCCAUGGAGUCUAGUGUGGAAAAAUAACGUGUCUCUCUAUUUCUUUUUUAUUGUUUGAGUCAUGUGUUGUUGAGUCAUGUUUAUGGGUUAAUAUGUAUGGGUGUCAUGUAAGCAUCUGUUAUUAGUUAUUAAUAUAAUGUUUAAAUAUUGUGUUUAAACUUGUUUGGUAAGCCUAAGAGUUCAGCUUACAGAGAAGCUGAACUCUUAGGCUUGUAAGCUGAACUCUUAGGCUUACCAAACAAGUUUAAACACAAUAUUUAAACAUUAUAUUAAUAACUAAUAACAGAUGCUUACAUGACACCCAUACAUAUUAACCCAUAAACAUGACUCAACAACACAUGACUCAAACAAUAAAAAAGAAAUAGAGAAAUAGAGAGACACGUUAUUUGUACGGUAAAUCAAUUUGACGUAUAUUAGUAUACUUAAUUACUGAAUUAAUUGUUAAAUAUUUAUUGAAAGCUUCAGUAAAAUAAA